AUGUUCACUCUGCGGGAGAUUUUCCGGUUCGUGCAGACUCUGGCAGUGCCCGUAAUUUUUGGUCUUUUCGUGAAAUAUCUGGUGCCCAAGUCAGAUGACAACACACUCCCCCCGUCGUUGUAUCUGCCCAUCCUCGCUGAUAUCGGUUUCGUCCCAAGAUCAUUCCCAGUGACAUAUCGUCUGGAUGGUUAUGACUUCAAGCAUUACGAACGGAUUCAGAAUGUCUCAUUUAGCGUGCCUGACACCACUGCUGUUAUUCUCAACUGGUCACGAUUCCCGAAUGUUUUGCUUAUCACGUCUCUCUUGUGCGGAGACUGGUUGGGCGACGUUAUCGUAGAAGUAUCUAUCUGGAACAACAACCCGCGGCAACUGACGUAUGAAGAUUUCAAGAACACUGGUUGUCCCAAGGACAGGUUAAGAAUAUACAACGCACCUGCGAACAUGUAUUUUCAGGGCCGCUUUAUGGGCUGUGCUCAAGCACGUACACCAUACUGUUUUGUACAGGAUGAUGACUACCUUGUGCGGUCGGAGAUUGUGCACGCUCUCCAUAAGCGAAUGAGAAGUUCGAGUGGGUCUUAUGGCAUUUAUCUCACUCCGCCUCGCGAACAUCUCACCUCAACUCUGCGCGAGAUCCGUGUCUCCAAGCCAGAAUCCUCGUACCUCUCGGAUAUUCAUGCCUCAUUUACCUGGCUGGGAUAUGGUGCAAUUAUCCAUCGCUCCGAUGCCAUAGAUUUUAUUUCUCUUCUGCGACGCAUUCGUGCGUCGGACGAUGAGAUGAAGAUGGCGGAUAAUUUCUUCACUAUUCUGAGCAAUCGCGUUCCGGAAAUAUGGUUCGAUCGCGAGUUCGAACUUGGGGGCGGCCAGCCUUUCACCAUCGGUCCUGAAGGAGACGAGAGGAAUAACAGAUACAUUCAGAAGGCAACCCAGUACUUGGAAUCUAUCACCCACUGCAACGCUCCUUCCUGCACUUCUGCUGUAGAUGCGAAACCUGCCCGUGCGAAGCUGCCGUAUACCUCCUUCCAGGCCUAUCUUCCGCCACCAACGUGGCAACGUGCAGCAUGCAGAGGUUCCUCAUGCGUCCUAGAGACGAACAUCCACCUAUUGCCAGAUACCAUAGGGCACACCGGUGACAGCAUUCAAAAUAUGCUGUAUCUGGAGAAACACAAUCUAGAACUGUUGGGUGAGGCUGCCAAACAGCAUUACAUCGAUUAUGCACCUUCAAAUGCUGUGGAUACUCUCACCGACACAUCGUUUCGGAGCCCAGGCAGUGCGAAGAAGGGCGACAUUAUUUCUAUCGAUUUGUUAGCCGAUGUUAGCGAGGCCUACGAGUGGACAAUAGUGGAAAUGGCAUGGUUGGUCGAUUCAGCUACCGAGGCGAUUCUCGAUGCCUGUACAUUUGAGUCUUCCAUGGACCAGCUCGUUUGGCAUCAUGCGUCUCAGCGGCCAAUCUGUAACGACACAGAUCUUAGACUUCCUUCGGACAAUUUGACGUCAGAAGAUACGCCAACGUACCUGCGCGAGUGCAGCGUGCAGAUGCUCGUGGCGUCCGAUGCGUUGCACUUGCGCGCCACCGGCCGAUAUUUCAGAGUACGGCUAGAAGAAGACCAGCCCGAGGGAUGGGCAGUUUUCGAGAUAUGGUUGAGAGGGCUGUGA